ACGGCUGCCGGGAGCCGCGUUACCGGCGCCUCGGGAGGGCCGGGACGCGGUGCCGGGCCGGCGGCGGGUGUCCGAGGCCGGUCAUGGCGGCAGUGCCGCCGCCCUCCGCUCCGGGUGGCCCGGAGCCUCCCCCGCUGCAGUACAGCCUGCUGCUGCAGCACCUGGUGGGCGAGCAGCGGCGGCCCCGCCUUGGGACCCCCGCCGCCCUCGGCGGUAUCCCCAGCCCGCCCAAGAGCGAGGAGCAGAAGAUGGUGGAGCGGGCCAUGGAGAGCUGCGCCUUCAAAGCGGCGCUGGCCUGCGUGGGAGGAUUUGUUCUGGGAGGCGCAUUUGGUGUCUUCACAGCUGGCAUCGACACCAACGUUGGGUUUGAUCCCAAGGAUCCAUAUCGCACGCCAACCGCAAAAGAGGUCCUCAAAGAUAUGGGGCAGCGAGGCAUAUCCUACGCAAAGAACUUUGCCAUUGUGGGCGCCAUGUUCUCCUGCACAGAAUGUGUGGUAGAAUCUUAUCGUGGCAAGUCAGACUGGAAGAAUAGUGUUAUUAGCGGCUGCAUCACAGGAGGAGCAAUCGGCUUCAGAGCUGGUUUGAAGGCAGGGGUUAUCGGCUGUGGUGGAUUUGCUGCUUUCUCCGCUGCAAUUGAUUACUAUCUACGGUAACAGUGGGAUCCCUUGGGAGCAAGUUUCCCUUUUGUUCCAGUGCUGCUGCUAAGAGCCUGCAUCACGGCAGAAGAACCAUCAGGCUUACCUUUCCACUGCCUCUGGAGUCCUGAUCAGCGCAAGCUGGAUGGUGUUGGCCACUUUUCCUGAAUGACUAACAAUAAUCUGGCUCUGAGCCCUGGCGUGCUGCUUCAGGCAGACUUGCGGGAGUAUGCGAGGAUGGAGCCAGGCGCAGUGAGCAGUAUCUCCAGGACAGAUCAGCUGACUGUCAGUUUCCAGGAAACAAGCCUGGACUCUGAGCUUUUUCAAUCCUUUGGGUCUGACUUUGAUUAAGUCUGCUGCUAGCAUCAAAAGAGGCAGGAGGACAAUCUUCAAAAAGAAAGGCAGUGAUUUAGGUUAUCAUGUAUUUGAACGUGCUGCAAGUGUUUUAACAGUUAUCAGUUUGCAGCUUGCUACUCUGUUGAGGAGAGGUAAGAUCCUGUGGCGAAAUAAGUUUGUUCCAGGCUUUUCUUAAAAUACCAGCUGAAGACAAACCACCAUCUGUACAACUUGUCUUAUUUCGAGUACAGAGAUGAGAGCCAGAUUUCUUUACCAUGUCUUAAAGGGAAAAGCAAAAAGGAAUCCUUAGCCUUAGAACCGCAUGGUUACUGGCAGAUGAACAAAACAGUUUAAGGGGGAAAAAAAGAGGUUGUUGCAGAAGUAUAAUUCUCUGUAGCCACUUGGCUAGCCUGAUUUAACCUCACUGUGGGAGUACAAAUAAUCUUGCUACUGCUUUAACUGCCACAGGCUCACACCAUUAGUUCCAGCAGUUUGAUAGUAAGACUAGAAAGCAGAGUUGUGAGAAUAAACCACUGUUAGACAGAUUAA